CCUCAUCGUCGUCGCUCCUCCUCCGCCGCCGCCGCCGAUCGAUCCCUCGCCGGUGGUUGCGUAGCGCGCGCGCGUCCAUGGCGUUCGUUGCGAGCGGCGGCGCCGUGGAGCAGGUGGCGGUGAAUGUGGAUCGGGAGACGGAGGAGGCGGACCUGCUCUGGGCCGCCCUGGAGCGGCUGCCCUCCGCGAAGCGGCGCUCCCACGCCGUCAUCCUCCCCGACCCCGACGGCGACGGAGGCGAAGGCGGGGGCGAGGUGGUCGACGUGCGGCGGCUCGACCGGCCCGGGCUCCAGCGCGUGCUGCGGCGCGCGCUCGCCACCGCCGAGCUCGACAACGCCAACCUCCUCCAUGGCAUCAAGGCCCGCUUCGACGCGGUGGGAUUGGAGGUGCCGCGGGUGGAGAUGAGGUUCCGCGACCUGAGCGUCUCCACGGAGGUGAACGUCGGCAGCAGGGCGCUGCCGACGCUCGUCAACUACGUCCACGACAUUGCUGAGAGAAUUCUUAUUUCCUGCCGUAUCUCACGUCCUCGUAAGCACAAGCUCACUAUUCUGGAUAAAGUCAGUGGCAUUGUGAAACCUGGGAGAAUGACACUACUGCUGGGACCUCCUGCAUCUGGGAAGUCAACACUCUUGUUGACCCUUGCUGGCAAACUGGAUCCUCAGCUAAAGAAAAGUGGAGUAGUUACGUACAAUGGGACUGCUCUUGAUGAAUUUUUUGUACGACGAACUUCUGCAUACAUCGGUCAGACAGAUAACCAUCUCGGGGAGUUGACAGUAAGGGAAACUUUAGAUUUUGCUGCAAAAUGCCAAGGUGCAAGCGAAAACUGGCAAGAAUGCUUAAAAGAAUUGGUCAACCUUGAAAAGGAAAGAGGCAUACGUCCAAGUCCUGAGAUAGACGCUUUUAUGAAGACUGCAUCAGUCGGAGGAGAAAAACACAAUCUUGUUACAGACUAUGUGCUGAGAGUUCUUGGGCUGGAUAUAUGUGCUGAUACCCCUGUAGGCAGCGACAUGGAAAGGGGUGUCUCUGGUGGCCAAAAGAAGAGAGUGACGACCGGUGAAAUGAUUGUUGGACCCAGAAAAACACUUCUCAUGGAUGAAAUAUCAACGGGUCUUGAUAGCUCAACAACUUUUCAAAUAGUGAAGUGCAUUAGGAACUUCGUUCAUGAGAUGGAGGCUACUGUGCUGAUGUCACUUCUUCAGCCUGCACCAGAGACGUUUGAACUAUUUGAUGAUCUAAUUCUGCUGUCAGAAGGGCAGAUCAUUUAUCAGGGCCCCAUUGACCAUGUUGUGGACUACUUCAAAUCAUUAGGAUUUUCAUUGCCACCACGCAAGGGAAUUGCUGAUUUUCUCCAAGAGGUGACUUCAAAGAAAGAUCAAGCUCAGUACUGGUCUGACCAGUCAAAGCAGUAUUCGUUUAUUUCUGUGUCAACAAUGGCUGCAGCAUUUAAAGAAUCCCAAUAUGGAAGAUAUCUGGAGUUAAAUCUAAGUAACUCCUGCAGUAAUACAAAUUCUCCCCAGGCUCUUGCCAGGUCGAAGUUUGCAAUACCAGAACUUAGGCUUGUUAGGGCAUGCUUUGCCCGGGAGCUUAUUCUAAUAAGCCGUCACCGUUUUCUGUACACUUUUAGGACAUGCCAAGUUGCUUUUGUUGGGCUCAUUACAUGUACAAUCUUUCUCCGGUCAACAUUACAUCCUGUUGAUGAGCAAAAUGGAGAUCUUUAUCUCUCUUGUCUUUUUUUUGGGCUUAUACAUAUGAUGUUUAAUGGUUUUACAGAGUUGCCCAUUACUAUUUCUCGGCUUCCAGUGUUCUAUAAGCAGAGAGACAAUUUCUUUCAUCCUGCAUGGGCUUUCUCACUUCCUAAUUGGAUACUAAGAGUUCCAUAUUCUCUUAUUGAAGCUGUAGUAUGGUCAUGUGUUGUCUAUUACACAGUAGGCUUUGCACCAAGUGUUGAUAGGUUCUUCCGCUUUAUGUUGCUCUUGUUCUCUGUACAUCAAAUGGCUUUGGGUCUUUUCCGGAUGAUGGGAGCUGUUGCACGAGACAUGACCAUUGCUAACACUUUUGGAUCAGCUGCCUUAUUGGCAAUCAUUCUUUUGGGAGGAUUUAUUGUUCCUGAAGCUGCUAUAAAACAAUGGUGGGAGUGGGCUUACUGGGUUUCCCCAUUAAUGUAUGCACAGUGUGCUAUUUCAGUUAAUGAGUUCUCAGCUUCCAGAUGGUCAAAGGUGUCAGAUUCAAGGAAUAAUACAGUUGGAACCAAUGUUCUUCUUUCACACAAUCUGCCAACACAGGAUUCCUGGUACUGGAUUGGCGUUGGUGUUUUACUCGCUUAUUCCAUCUUGUUCAAUGUUUUGUUUACCCUUUCCUUGGCGUUCCUUAAGCCCCUUCGAAAGGAACAGGCAGUGGUCUCACUCAAUUCCGAGGAAACAAAGGAUGGUAAAAUUGAAAAAAUUGAUGGAAACUGUGUGCUUCAAGAGAGGACUGAAGGCACCGGCAGAAAGGGAAUGAUACUACCAUUCCAACCCCUAACCAUAACGUUUCACAAUGUUAACUAUUUUGUCGACAUGCCAAAGGAAAUGCAAGCAAGAGGGUUACCUGGCAAAAGACUACAGCUUCUGCAUGAAGUGAGCGGAGUAUUUAGGCCACGUGUCCUGACCGCACUUGUUGGCUCAAGUGGUGCUGGGAAGACAACACUUAUGGAUGUUUUAGCUGGCAGAAAAACUGGUGGGUGUAUAGAAGGUGAUAUCAGGAUUUGUGGCCACCCAAAAGAACAAAGAACCUUUGCCAGGAUAGCAGGAUAUGUUGAACAAAAUGAUAUACAUUCACCACAAGUUACAGUUGAAGAGUCCCUGUGGUUUUCGUCAACCUUACGACUUCCAAGGGCCAUAAGCAGAGAAGCAAGACAUGCAUUUGUUGAAGAAGUUAUGGCACUGGUAGAGCUUGAUCAACUGCGACAUGCGUUGGUAGGAAAACAAGGUUCUUCAGGACUUUCAACAGAGCAAAGGAAGCGCCUUACAAUAGCUGUUGAACUGGUUGCGAAUCCUUCCAUUAUUUUCAUGGAUGAACCUACAUCUGGUUUGGAUGCGCGAGCUGCUGCCAUUGUGAUGCGCACUGUUCGAAAUACUGUUGAUACCGGGCGAACUGUUGUCUGUACGAUACACCAGCCAAGUAUCGAUAUUUUCGAAGCGUUUGAUGAGCUACUUCUUUUGAAACGUGGAGGACGGGUAAUAUAUGGAGGUUCACUUGGUGUUAACUCAAUAGAUAUGAUUCAUUACUUUCAGGGAAUUCCUGGCGUCCCUCCCAUCCUUGAAGGCUACAACCCAGCUACAUGGAUGCUUGAAGUGAGCACACAAGCGUGUGAAGAAAGGCUUGGUUUAGAUUUCGCAACAGUGUACAAGAACUCGGAUCAGUUCAGGAAAGGAGAAGAUUUAAUUGAACAACUGAGCAUUCCAGAUUCUGGCACAGAGCCUUUAAAGUUUUCAACGGAGUUUUCGCAAAACUGCCUUACUCAAUUUAGAGUAUGCCUAUGUAAGCAAGGGCUUCUUUACUGGAGGAGUCCAGAGUAUAAUGUUGUGAGGUUGUUUUUCACAGCACUAGCUGCUCUCAUAUUUGGCUCAGUAUUUUGGAAUGUUGGGAUGAAGAGAGAAACAACAGGAGACUUGUAUCUUGUCAUGGGAUCUUUGUAUUCGGCAUGCCUAUUCCUUGGAGUAAAUAAUGCCUCAUCAGUACAGCCUAUAGUUUCCGUCGAGAGGACAGUCUACUACAGGGAACGGGCUGCUAAAAUGUACUCAUCUUUCCCAUAUGCAGCAGCUCAGGGCCUCGUAGAGUUGCCUUAUAUUGCGGCUCAGACACUAAUAUUCGGCCUCAUCACUUACUUCAUGACCAACUAUGAGAGGAAUCUAUGGAAAUUGAUCAUGUACCAUGUUUACCUGUUCCUUACUUUUACCUACUUCACAUUCUAUGGGAUGGUGGCGGUAGGAUUGACCUCGACACAACAAACGGCAGCAGUGGUAUCCAGCGGGUUUUACUCCUUGUGGAAUCUUCUUUCCGGUUUCCUAAUUCCCCAAUCUAGAAUCCCAGGCUGGUGGAUCUGGUUCUAUUACAUAUGCCCAGUGGCAUGGACCCUCAGAGGCAUCAUUACAUCGCAACUGGGCGAUGUCAACACGAGGAUCGUCGGACCUGGUUUCGAUGGCACGGUCCAAGAGUUCCUCCAGCAAAGCCUUGGAUUUGAACAUGGGAUGACGGGUGCCACAGUUGCAGUGCUCAUUGCCUUCUCCGGCUUGUUCUUUUCGAUCUACGCUCUCUCCAUCAAGCUGCUUAAUUUUCAGAGAAGAUGACCACACGCUACUAUGUUCUUCCUUCCUGGCUAGUUGUUAUCCUACCUCCUGCGCAGGCUGAGUACUACGAACCCAACUAUUUCUACUACUGCAUGGGACUUGGCUGAUCAUUGGUACCAUCAUCUUUGCCAAAAUCAAGAGGGGCGAUUGCGGGUCCCCAAUAUUCUCUACACAAUUGUUACACGAGAGUAGACCCUUCCAAUCCUUCGGUCGCUCUGGCCUUGUACAGUUGUUCUAAAACUCUUUGGGCUGACACUUAGCAAAGUUUUUUUUAACUCCUUUCUUCCUUUGUGAUAAUGCAUGGGACUUGGCUGAUCAUUGGUAUGACAUGGUGACUAUUAACCA